GUCGUGUUUCAACACCCACGAUUCGUCAUCACCAUGCGCCUCAAUGCAUGACUGUACAGGUAUCGCUUCCACUCCACGCCAUGGAGUCGCUCAAGCCUAUGCACCUUCCGCUCGAGCUAGUCCUCAAUGUCAUUACCUGUUCGCUGCCGAAGCCUAACGUCCUACUACGGCCCGCGCACCCAAUCACCCAGCUUCUCCUUCAGUUCACCUUGGUAUGCCAUGAAACUCGACGCGUGGCCAAUCGCGCGCUUCGAGAACAUUGCGUGUAUCUCUCUUCCCAAGCACGCUUGUGCUCGUUGCUCUUGGCCAUUCCCACCGCUAGGCCCGACCUGAGACAGAUAACGGCCCUCUUUCUGGCACCGUUUCGUGGAUCCAUCGAUGACCAACCUACAGCCACAUGGGUCCGGGAAUUGCUCCAAUACACGUGUUCAACGCUCAAACGCCUCAUCAUCGACAUUCCUUUGCGCAGCGUAUAUCCAGAACGAGAUCAUCUUGGAGUGCGCAACAUCUUGCGUGAGGGUUUUCAAAGGCUGGAACAUCUCGAGGAGUUCGUGAGCGUGCAGGACGAGCUGUUCCUUGACCUCUAUUGGCACGGUGGCGAGCAUGCUUUUUGGACGAGAUGGUCGAAGCUUCGAAGACUCGCUGUCUACAAUCCAGCGAGUCAUCCGUCGUUCUGGCGAGAUGUUGCGAAGAUGGAAACGCUGGAGACGUUGGUAAUGACUCGUGCGGACGGACUGCGUGAUUACGACAUCAAAGCCCAAUAUUUCAGACACUGCAAUAAGCCACUGAAGGUACUCUUGAUCAACAUCGACAGCCAACAGAUGCGAUAUGGGAAUUUCCGACGCGGCCAUUGGGAUGGCACUGACCCAAAGAAAGUCAUGACUAUCAUGACUUAUAGCAUACCCUUGUUCAUGGACGAUGAUCCCAUCGAAGUUUGUCAAGAUUAUGUGCGGAUUGGGGCCGAGCAUGGUACGCUUUGGGACUGGGAGGGAGAGAUCAUCCAACAUCCUCCGAGGUUCGAGCAGCCGUCACGGCCUACAGAACCCGUCUCCUUCUUUGAUCAAUGAAAUCCCCGCGCUUGAAUCUAGAAGACAUGUUCAGCUCUCGCACUAUUCUUA